AUGGAUCCCACACGGAGCAUGGGCUCUCUAGGAGCCAUCCAAAUGGACAACCUCGCAACCCUAGCCGGGCCAGCCGUCGUCCUCGCCGUGGCCUACUGGUACAUCAAAGUGCACGGCUUCAUCUACGCCGCCAGCCUAGCAUGGACCGUGGUAGGGGUGGUCAAGACCAUCUUUGCGGUGCCCUUCAGCCUGCUGUACUGGGUCGUCGCCUCGGUUCUCAUGAUACCAUACUAUCUGCUGGUGGUGAUCCUGUCGCCUCUUGCGUGGUUGUGGCAUGCGUUUAUGGCGCCGUUUCAUUGGUUUUUGAAGUUUUUGGGGGAUCCUUAUCCAGUAAUAGUCUUCUUCACCAUAGCCAUAGUCCUCGGUCUUUUCUCAGGAAUCAUCAUGUCUUUGACGUCAGCCAUAGCCAGCUCCUUCAUCCACAGCUUCGCCUCCACCUCCAUCCGUCCUAGUACUAGGAAACAACAACAAGCAUCAACCGUCGUUCCCACUGAUCUCAACACCACCAUGGCCUCCACAACCUCCACCUCCACAACCUCCACCAACGCCACCAACGCCCGAGAUGUCCGUGACAGGACGCGAACCGGCUUCCUUAACCCCCUAGCCCUGCACCCCAUCUCCUCCCCCUCUCCUUCUGGUCAGUCACGCACCCGCGGUUACAACCCCUACGACGCCGACAACGAACUAGUUCACAUUGAAUAUCCCAACCUAAGCGACACCAACACCAACUCUCCCACGUUGAAGCAACAACGCAACAGCAACAACAACAUUCCCGGGGCUACUGCAUAUUUUGACCAGCAGCAGCGAUCACCGAAGUCGAUUUCUUCCCCACAUGGCCCUCCGCAGUUACACGCUAGACCACGGUCGGCUGUUUCGGUAAAGAGAGGGUUGGGGUUAUCUGCUAUUGGGGGCAUUGGAGGGGUUGGAGGGACGACGGGGUUGGGAGUGGGAGUGGGGGGUGGCGCGUCGGGCGUGACGUUGUUGAGGGAGACGAUUCAUGAGGAGGAGGAUAGUGGGUUUAGUGAUGAUUCUGUUUAG